GAUCGCAGCGCAGGCCUACUUCCCGGAAUGUCAAAGUAAACACAAUAAAGUAUCAUUACAUUAGAGGUAUUUGGACAAAAUGAUUUAAUAGCGAAGCAUUUAUACACAUCAUCAUCCCCAGCAGAAUACUCAAAAAUAUUUUAGAACCAAGCAGGCCUGUUUCUGAUGAGGACAACCUGAAGUCAAGAUGUUGUCAUCAGUCAUCAUUGCCAAAUCCUCUCCCCCGAACAGUCCAAAUGGGUCUCGCCCUACCAGUCCCAACCCCAUGCUUGAGAACAGACACACGGCGCAGGCCAAACGGCGCAAAUUCAUGCGUAGGAUCCUCAUGUUUCGUCAGAUGGAUUUUGAAGUUGCCAUGUGGCAAAUGUUAUACCUACUGGUGGCUCCACAGAAGGUAUACCGGAAUUUCCAGUACAGCAAACAAACUAAGGACCAGUGGGCGAGAGAUGACCCCGCCUUCCUUGUUCUGCUGAGUAUUUGCUUAGGCGCCUCUUCUGUGGGAUUUGCCAUCGUUUUACGGUUAGGAUUUCUUCAGUUUUUGAAGUUCCUGCUGUGGGUGGUGUUUGUGGACUGUAUUGGAGUUGGUCUCCUGAUUGCAACAAUUCUAUGGUUUGUGGCCAACAGGUACCUGCGGGUGUCAGUACCCAUUAGGCAAGACGUAGAGUGGGGCUUUGCAUUUGACGUCCACCUGAAUGCGUUCUUUCCCCUCCUCAUCAUCUUACAUGUUGUGCAACUCUUUCUUUAUAUUCCUUUGAUUGAUGGAAACGGAUUCUUGUCAACUCUGCUGGGAAACACACUCUGGCUGAUUGCCAUCACGUAUUACAUCUAUGUCACCUUCUUGGGCUACAGCGCUCUGCCGUUCCUGAAACGCACGGUAGCUUUUCUGUACCCUCCCUGCUUAAUCGUCUUGUGCCUGUAUGUGAUUACGCUCAUAGCCAACUGGAACAUUACCAGGAAUGUCAUGUUCUUCUACGAGUACAGAGUCCUACAGUACUAGAACGAGACGCAGCAAAGUCCCUUUGUACUGUUUACCGCAUGGUUUUCUGAAGACAUGGUGAGGAACGCUCAACGAAUGUUGAAAGCCCAAGUCCUGGAAAAUUCUCCUCAGGUGGUGGUAGAUUUUUGUCAAGAUGGAAGCAUUCAGUCAAGAAAUUGUGGUUUUUUUUUGCUAAUUGUACACUAAUUGUAAAGUCUUGGUUAUGUAAAUGUACAAGCAGAUUCACUCUUUAUUGAGUGGAAAACAUGCAAUGCAUGGGAAUGACACGUAAAAUCACUUCGUUUUGUUACCCAGAUAAUUGACAUAUUGUAGAAGCCACACAGAAGUUAACAUGCGACAUAAUAAUAAUAUAAUAAUAAUAUCGGAGUCUUAUAUAGCGCACGUAUCUACCAACAAUUAGGUACUAAAGGC